UCCUGGAGCCCUGCGUGUGCCCGGAAGGAUCGAAUUGGCCGAAGCGGAGACCCCCUUCCUCCACAGCGACGUCAGGGCGAGUCUCGAGUGGCACGUCCAGGUGAAGAGGCUGCAGCACGCCCUGGGGCUGCCCUGCACCCUGCAGAGCACUUUGAAGAUCUUCAUGCCCCCAGCACCGAAACCCACCGCACGCAGACCCUCGGGGGCAGGCAGCGUGGUGACGAUACCACAGGCCCUGCCCUUCCUGAGCGUCGGCUCCAGGACGGAGCUGGAGCGGCAUCUGCAAAGGAUGGUGCAUCUGAAGAGAUGGGGGAUGCCCAGAAGGAUCCAGGAGUCCUUGAGGCUGCUGAUGCCAGCCACAUCUCCACACCCCCGGCUCGGCCCCCGGCCAUCCGGGAGAUGGGCUCCAAAGGGGCCAGGCCCAGUGACGAGGGCAGCCCAGACGCCCGGCCUCAGAGCUAGAGCCUUAGCCCGGGCCUCCCAGGGCCCCGCCAGAGCGUCCGAAUCCACGCCCGGCUCGCGCUGCUGCAGAGACACCCGGGAGCUGCAGGGGCACAUUGCCAGGAAGGGCAUGGAAAUCAGACUGGGCGCGCUGCCCGCCGUGCUGAGGAGCUCUCAGAAAAUGGCUACCCUGGGGCGCAGAGACCUGCUCCUGCCUAAAGUGAUCCCCCCAGGCCACAAGGCCCCCCUGGCCCGUCACCGGCUCUGCCCCCUGCUCAGCUGCAAGGCGGGUAGCAUGGAGCUCGAUGUGAGGCACAAGCACAUCCAGUACUUCAGGGCUCUCCCCACCCUGUACGCGGAGUCCCUGGCCAAGAUGGAGCCCGGCCUGCCUGUGCCACACGCCCCCCUGCUGCCCCACGGCACGGCCAUCGAGUUCUGCCCCCUGGAGACUCCCUUCGUGGCCCCCGAGGGCCGGGAGCUGCUGGAGAGGCAUGUCCUGAGGAAGCGGCUGCAGCACGAAUGGGGCCUGCCGGGCCUGGUGCGGCGAUCACUGAAGUGUUUCAUGCCACCCCCGCCCACGCACCCCAGGGCCCAACACUCGCAGGAAGCCGCCCGCCAGGCGGGAAAGCUCCCCUUGCCCCGGCUGAUUCGGCCAGGCCAGAGAUCCCUGGAGCACCGGCCCCGGGAGCUGUUCUUCCUGGAGCAGGCCACAUCGGAUCACCUGGAGCUCAACCUUCUCCACAAGCACCUGAGCUUCAGGUGGGGGCUGCCCACGCUCUACCGACAGUCCCUGGCCAAGCUGUUCCACGCAGGCCCCUCGUCCGCCCCGCCGCCCUCCAGCUCCCGCGCAGCUGGGACCGAGUUCACGGCGCAGGAGUUGCCCUUCCUCCCACCGGGAGCCCGGGAGGAGCUGGAGCUGCACGUCAGGACGAAGAGGCUGCACCACGAGUGGGGGCUGCCUCUUAUCGUCCAGAAAUCCAUGCGGGGCCUGAUGGCGGCUCCCUCCAGCCCCGGCCAGCCCAAGGCCCCUCCGCCGGCCGACGGGGACGUGGCCGUUCUCCAGGCCGAGCUGUCCUUCCUCAGCGAGGGCAGCAGACGAGAGCUGGAGCUCAGCCUCCGCAAGAGACUCAUGCAGCGGCGCUGGGGGCUGCCCAGGAGGAUCCAGGAGUCGGUGCGGCUGCUCCGACCUACCUCAGCCCCCGCGGAGUUUGGGCCUCGCAGCCGUACAGAAAAGGAUGCAGAGGGGCCUUUCCUCCUGCCCUGGCACAAGAGCACCGUGCACCUGGAGCGGGGCGUGGGGAAAGCCAGGAGAGUGGUCGCUGCUCCCCGCCCGCGGCUCAGCCUGGGACAUGACGCUCAGGAGUGGCUGCAGCUCCACGUGGCAAAGAAAUGUGUGGAGACCCGGCUGGGGGCCAUCCCCGCUGCAGUGAGACGCUCCUGGCAAAGCCUGCAUCUCGUGUCCCGGCUGCCCCUCCCCAAGCUGAUCCCUGUGGGGGACAGGGCCCCGAAAGCCAGGAACCCCCUGCUUCCCUUCGUGCACCCGGAGGACGUCUGCCACCUAGAGCUGAAUGUGCAGCACAAACAUCUCACGGCCCUGUGGGGCCUGGGCACUCUCUACACCCAGUCCCUCAGCAGGAUGGUUCCCAGGGCGCCCCGUGCGCCGGUUCCACCCCGGGAGGCUGAAGUCGAGUUCCGGGCGCAGGAGGCUCUGUUCCUGGGCCCGUUUGCCCCGCCGGCUGGCGCGCAGCUUCCUGGGGCCGGUGGGGAACGGGGCGUCGGGCAGAGCCGGCUGAGGCCCAGCCAGUCAGACGUCCCCGCAGGGAGCUGCUUGGCAGGAGACAGCAGAACCCAUGGCCUUGCUGCUGAGCGGAGGGACAAGCUCCAGCGGCACCUCGCAAGGAAGUGCCUAGAGAUCAGGCUGGGGGUGAGGCCGGCCCUGGUGGAGAGAUCCCAGAGAGUGGCCACGGAGGGGGAGAGGAUACCCCUCCCCAAGCUGAUCUGCGCAGGCCAGAAGCCCCCCAAGGUCAGGGCCGGCUCCCUGCCCUGCCUGCCGCCCACGGCAGUGGAUAUUCUGGACAUGAACGUGAGACACAAGCAGCUGGCGCAUCUCUGGGGGCUGCCCACGCUGCAGGCGGCGUCUCUGCGGAGGAUGAUGCCCAAGGCUCCGGCUGUGCCGCUGGGGAGCGCAGCGGGGAGGGCCUGGAUGGAGAAGGGCCUGGCUGGACGCGUGGGGGCCGAGGAGCCGGAGAGGAACGGCUACGAGGAGCCGGUUCCCCUGACAGGAGCCGGCACAGUCGAGCUGCUGGUGCCCCACCCGGGGCCGCCUCUGGUCACAGCCGAGGCCAGGGACCGUCUGGAGAGCCACAUGCUGAGGAAGAAGCUCCAGCGCGAGUGGGGCUUACCGCGCAUGGUGCAGAGAUCACUGGGUGCGUUCACACCCCUGCCACUUGGGAGGGGGCUCCCGAGGCGGGGCCAGGCCCCAGCCAGAGAGAGCGUUGCCAUGGGCAGCCUGCACUUCCUGUGCACGGAAACCAGGGAGCACCUGGAGUCGCACGUGAGGAAACUGGCCCUGCAGCGGAGAUGGGGCCUGCCCAAGAGGAUCCUGGAGUCCUUACGGCUGUUCCUGCCACCUGCCCCACCAGGAGCAGAGCCCAGAGGCCAAACCCAGCCCCUGCUCCAUGUCUGCCAUACACCCCGCCAAGGUCCUACAGCCCUCUCCAUGGGGCAAUCGGGAGAGCUCCAGACAGGCCUCAGGGAGCCCCUCACCCACCGGUCCCAGCACUGGCAUGAAAUGGGGGUAAAGGAGGGCAAAGCCAGCUGCCCCGAGGCAGUGCCCCAACACGCCCUGGGGAGCAGCAGCAGGAGAAGCCAGGAGACCUCCCAGACAAGUGAUGGGGAAGGGUCCCCCGGCUCCCCACCCCGCUUCCCAGAGGACAAGGCAGAGCUGAAAUCCACCCUGGACUUUCCCGGGAAGAAGGUGCUGGGAAUUUCCCACCGGGCCCAGGGGUCCCAGAGACUGGCCUUUCGCCCAGCGACCCAUGAGCCUCACCCACAGCAGAGAGAGCAGAGCUCUGAGGAAAGUCCCGGGCAGUGGAGCACCCACGAUGGUGAAGGAGCUCCACGGCUGGCGGGGACCGGCAGGCGUUCCUGGAGCUCGUCUGUGGAGACAGCCGUUUGGAGUGAGAAGAGGAUCUCACGGGAGCUGGAAUCCAGCUUCAGGAGAAUGGCCCGGAGCCGCAGCCGCCAUGGCCCAGGGGGGAAGCAGCCUCUGUCUCUGGAAAUCGUGGGCCACCUGGAAAUGGACCAUUGCACAUGCUUGCACUGCCCGUGCAGCAAGCUAGAGGGGUGGGACGGCGCCCGCUCUCUGGGAACCAGCUCUCCGGUGUGGCAGACACAGCGUAUCCAUGUAAGGGGGUCAGCAACUCUCCUAGGAGACGCGGCAGAUUCAAACCCUCUGCAUGCUGAGCCUGGAUGGCAGGGGCAGGGCGCUCCCAGCGUGGCCAAAGAUGAACCACCUGUCUCCUCUCCAUCGUCUCUGGAGGGCAGCGAGUCCAGGGCCUCCGACUGGUCUGCGGGAGAAAGCGCUCGCGCAGCCUCUCGCCCAGCGCCCGAGGGGCCCUCGCUGGCACGGGAGCAUCUUGCUCCUCCGCGGGCCGCGGCACACCGGCUGGACAUCCACCUGGCGCAGAAGGCCCUGGGCUCCUUCAUCCUGCCGCCCUGCGUCAUACACUCCCAGGCCGUCUAUGCCGACAUGGCAGCUGAGCGGCUGAGAGCCGCUGCCCAGGAACACCGGCGGAAAAUGAACAUCCGGCUGCAGCGCAGGAGGAGCCGGAAAAGCCAACUGGGAGGGCCCCGUCAGGAAGCCCUGGGAGAAAGAGCCCGCCCCGCGGGCACAGGAGAGCCGGGAUUCCUGACAGCUGGAACAAACGUGAGGCAGACAGAGGCCCUGGUGCUGACUGAGGCACCUCCCAGGGCUGAACAGCCACCCCGUGCUCCUCCAGGGAGAGGGGCCAAGUCACCGUUCGUCCCCUGCAAGGGGAAGGGCCCCACCUUCAGGGGAAUCAUACUGGGCUUCCUUGAACGUGUCACUUCCAGGGCAUCAGUAGGGGAGAGAGGACAGGUCGACAGGUCGGUGGCUGCACCGCGUGGAGCCCCGCCACCCCCUCGGAAACUCACCCCGUCCCCCAAGAGCGUGAAGCUGUCCCCGUCACUCAACAGAGGAAAUGCCACCGAGGACACAUCCGGGACAGUCGGAGCGUCUAACCUGGAGCGCCGUGGACACCGGGCCGGGGUGGAAACUGAGCUUCCGCAGCCAGGGUCACGUCUUGGCAAGAGCGCAGGCCACGUGUGCUGGUUCCAUCAGCGUCAUGCUCAUGCCCACCUUCGCCAGGUACACGGCAGAACGCCAGCGCUGCGCGGAGAGAACCUGUGUGCCCUGCGGGAGAGGAUGCAGGUCCGGAGGAGGAAGCUGUCCCCGUCCCUCAACAGCGCCGCCUCCGAAGAGGAGAGCCGCCUCCGGGCCUUGGAUGAGAGUUAG